AUUGUGCUCGGCCCAGACCGCUGACUGUGUGCAAACUUGUCUAAUUUGUUUCACUUUGCUGCUGUCUUUACAGCUUCUGCUAAGAUUUCCUCUGCCUGCACCUUAUAUUUGUUGUGUUUAUCGAGUCCUGGCCUGUCUCUGCCUCGUUGCAGACAAAUGGACACAAGUACUGGUUGCUGUUGGUUUGUUUGGUUUGCUCAGUCUGAGCGUGCACGCCAAAAGCUGAUGCAUCUUGCAACCAUUCGCCAGACUUCCCACUACUGCUGCAACGCCGACGUGUGAAGAUCAACCCACACAGCAGCAUGCGUCGCCAUCGGAGGAUGUGGUGCGAAUCGUUGACGUGAACUGGAUGCAAUGGCGCCUGCAUUUCUGUUCGCCUAUCCCUGAUGCUACAACAUUUUCAGUCCCCUUACAAGCCAUCAUUCACCAGGAACUUGAAAACAUUGGCUUACGUUCCGUCUGUGCUGUUGCCAAUCCCAGAGCUAACAAACGCCCUUCUACUAGACGAGAGUCUACCAGAAGAGCACAGAAGAACCCUUGGUCUCGGCCCGAAAUUCGCCCACGAGCCAAGCUUCGCCCCGGCGGAGAAGGUCACUACGGCUAGGACAGUCACCCAUCGGGGGACCGACGAAGAAAGACCACGCUUCAUAGCAGAGUGUGUGGACGCGCUGGGACGAUUAGGAGAGAGGCCCUCGAAAAAUAAGACUGCAAACAAUUGUGUAGAUUAUGCUGUGAGUAGAAACCUUCAUAUUUUGACCUCUGAUAAGGAAGGCUUUUUUUGUUGUAGUGCCAGAGAAUAUUUUCUGCAAAAAAGCGCGAGAUGCAAUAGAAAACAAUUUCAGAGCAAUAGAUCUGAAGCCCGCUGAAGUUAAGGAGCACGCACUGUCGCUGCUGCACAACCACAACCUAGAGCAACUAGCUUCAUCAGUAAAAAAGGCUAAAAAUCUUAAUUUGGACAUAUUCUUCGCAGCAAAGACCCACAAACCGGACAUUCCAUUUCGAGCAAUAGUCACGGAAAACGAUACUUGGCAGCGGGUGGUCUUGGGAUACUUACAAAGGCAUUUGCAAUCAUUGGUGAUCAGAGAUCCGUUUGUGGUAAAAAACUCGGAUGAUCUUAUCAGCUUCCUCAUUCAAUCUAAUCCUGGUAAUUGUAAUAUUUUCAGCAUCGAUGUUCAAGACCUGUACUAUAACGUUCCACAUGACGAACUAAUGAUAAGCGUUAAACUUUGUAUCACCGAGGACAAUGACGAGCUUAAAUUUUCUAGCAGCUGUGGUGUAUCUGUCAGCAGUUUUCUCGAGAUUCUCUCUUUUUAUUUAGCUUCAACCGUUGUUGAAUGGAAAGGAAAUUUAUACCGACAAAAAUCUGGCAUUUGCAUUGGCUCCAAGGUUGCACCGGUACUAACUAACAUUUUCCUAGGUAGCGUAGACAGAAAUAUAGAAAGUAACCUAGAUGACCGAACAUUGAAAGUGUUAAGAUAUGUUGAUGAUUUGCUCAUCUUUGUGAAGAGUACUAAUCUCCAACAAAUGAUUCAUAAUAUACUUCAAGUAUUCCACAAAUGUGACUCAGGACUGGUUUUCACACAUGAAGUGCCGGAUAAGAACGAAUUACAAUUUUUAGAUACGAGGCUCAACUUAACUGAUACGCAUGUGUGCUGGAUGUAUUGCCCAAGGUCAGAAAAACCAAUUUUAAAUUUUCCCUCCGCACAUUCCAAGGUUGUAAAAAAUGGCAUUGCGUUUUCGGUUUUAUUUUCCGCACUUUCGAAAUCGUGUUUUCACAAGACGUCUAAGAGUUUCUUAACACAACUGGAGCGUUUGAGAGCGGCAGGUUUUCGAGAGGAUGCUAUCCGCAUGACAGUACAGAAGCUGGUUAAACGUGUGAAAUUACGAGCACCCUCAAGAAUGAAUAAUCCAGAGCCUGCUGACAAGAAGAAAAAACUGGUUGUAAUUCCAUAUGUGCAUAAACUAUCCCAUAAUCUCAGGAAUGUAGCAGGCAGAUUUGAUAUAAAGGUUGUUUUUUCUUCCCCUAACAAGUUGAUCAAAAUUUGUGGUAAGAUCGAUAGGAAAUUGGCCCAGGCUGCCUCCACUCAUGCUGGGAAAGGCUGUACUGUUAAGCAUACGUCCCCGUUUGUGCACUGUAGAAUGGGAGUUGUUUACGAACUUCCAUUUUCCUGCGGUCACGUAUAUAUCGGUCAAACAGGUCGUUGCCUCAAUAUUAGAUUGUCUGAACAUAGGCGCUCACUAACGGGUAAUGCCUACUCGCAUGUCGCGCGCCAUUGCUCUGAGCAUCGCUGCACUCCAAUAUAUAAAGACACCACAAUACUUUCCACGCACAAAAAUCAGACUACGAGGGAGAUAAUUGAGGCCUUCUAUAUCAGAAAAAAAGGGUAGCGCUGUGUAAGCAUGCCAUCGAUAAAUUUGCAUGAUAGUGAAUUUGAAUUUUUAAGCAGCUUCAUAACGUAGCAUUAGAUUAAAUGGUUUUGUGUGUUUUUUUGCCUGCGCACUGAUAAUGACGCCAUGGAUGGGAGAGCACGUGGCUAUGGGUUGUGUACUUAAGUGUAUGUAUGCCUUCGAAUAAAGUUAGUUGUGAGUUCAGCACUGUCCUGUGUGUUCCUGCCUUCUGUCGUCGGUUUUUUUGCGCUGCCCCUUUGAGGAUGUAGGAGACCUUGUCGGACUCAGUCAUGUGUGCGUCAACUUUGCGGCACAGAGCCAAGAGGUCCUGAAUGUACAUGACGUAGGGCUCCGUUGACAUCUGCACACGGCCGGAAAGCGCCUUCUGCGCGGCAAGCUUGUGACCGUAGGGAUUGCCGAACAAGUCUUGGAGCUUUUGCUUGAGCGAAUCCCAACUGGUGAGCUCAUCUUCGUGCGUCCGAUACCAAACUCGAGGUGUGCCACCGAGGUAAAAGACUACGUUGGCGAGCAUGAUAGUAGGGUCCCACCGGUUAUUGCGGCUGAUGUGUUCGUAUAGGCUGAUCCAGUCCUCGAUGUCUUCCCCAUCUUUUCCCGAGAAUACGCCAGGAUCACGGGGAGCGGGGAGAGUGAUGUAGGUCGUCGAAGUGGCAGCAGGUGUCGGAGCCGGCGGAGUCGAGUUGUCGUCGCCGGGAGCCAUGAAGGAAGGCUCGACGUACCGUCCACUGCGAAGCUCCGUGACGAGGUACAGGGAACGUCCACCUCCACCAGAUAUGUUACGUAGGAAGACACCAACGAAAAGCUAUUUACAAGGCAAUAUGCCGCAGCAGGCCAAGAGGCAACAGCCCGCGCUAGCUUCCAAUCGUCGUCGUCGUCUUCUUACUGCUCGGCUCUUUGUCAUUGGAAAUACUAUCCCGUAGCAAUAUUGCCGUGCUUAGUAACUCAGGGGACCAAUCGCAAUGCAUGCUCACUGACCCGGACAGGCAAAGCAGAAUGGUAGGUCUGAAAAUUAAUCUGCAGAAAACUAAAGUAAUUUUUAACAGUCUCGGAAGAGAACAGCAGUUUACGAUAGGUAUAGCAAGGCACUGGAAGUGGUAAGGGAAUACAUCUACUUAGGGGAGGCAGUGACCGCGGAUCCGGAUCAUGAGACCAAAAUAAUCAGAAGAAUAAGAAUGGGCUGAGGUGCGUUUGGAAGGCAUUCUCAGAUUAUGAACACCAGGUUGCCAUUAUCCCUCAAGAGAAAAGUGUAUAACUGGUGUGUCUUACCAGUACUCGCCUACGGUGCAGAAACCUGGAGGCUUACAAAAAUGGUUCUACUUAAACUGAGGAUGACACAUCGAGCUAUGGAAAGCAGAAUGACGGGUGUAACGUUAAGGGGAUAAGAUGAGAGUGCAUUGGGUGAGGGAACAAACGCGAGUUAAUGGUAUCUUACUUGAAAUAAAGAAAAAUGGGCAUGGGCAGGGCAUGUAAUGAGGAGGGAAGAUAACCGACGGUCAUUAAGCGUUAUGGACUGGAUUCCAAGAGAGGGGAGGCGUAGCAGGGGGCGGCAGAAAGUUAGGUAUGCGGAUGAGAUUAAGAAGUUUGCAGGGACAGCAUGGCCACAAUUAGCGCAUGACCGGGGUAGUUGCUGUUUAUUCAAGCAUUUUGCAAAUGCGGCUCGCUUUUAAGCCCCCCUUCUUAUGUCUAAAAAAAAACAGAAAUGAACAUCCAGUAUUUUUUAACUUUCACUAAGCUUAUCAUAUAGCUCAGUGUUAACAUACAGUAUUUACAGGUGAGGUUACAGAAAGCAGCAAUAAUUGACAGUAAACACUGCUUGGGUGGUGAAAAACAUGGGAAUCAGGUCAUUUUAUUUUUGACAACCUUUUUUGGCAUAGGAGGCUAAGCAAAUGGUGAUGUAGCAACACUGUAAAGACUGAAUAGGAUGGAUGUGGAAUGCCUUGAUGACUUCUCUUUCUGUUUGAUUUUGCCUUCGAAAGGAAUUUAUUCUCUUCCAGGUAAGGGAGGCAGCUUUUGCAACUGCAACAGAACAUCGGUGGAUGUUGUGUGAAGCACUUUUUCCAUGCUUUUCCACUACCUGAGCAAGGUAACUUUCUUGGUGCUUCAUCACGCAAUGUAUAUAGUCAACGUCCAUUAAUUCUACCCUCACGAGACUCACGGGUCGAAUUAAGAUGCAAAAACCUGCUGAAGCACCGUUGAUUCAUUUGGCAAUAGUAUGUGCUUGAGUAACAUGCCUCUGAAACGAGCGUGCAUCAAAUUUCUAUUUGUCCACAGUAGAAAUGACUUAACUCCACACCAAAGUAGAAACCUACGCAUACCUGAUUUUUUAGAAUGGCAGCUGAUUUUCUAAAGCCAGCUUCGCCGUAUUACAGCCAUGAUAUGCGGUAAAGCAUAUGAAUGCUACAACCAUGGUUUUAGUUACGCAAUCGAUUGCACAGCUAGGCAAUGUUCGUCUCAAUGCCCUUCGAAAACAAAAAGUGUUCGUUAGAAUCAGAUAAGUACCACAAUCGGACAUUGUCAGCUACCGUUACUGCUUGAAAAUCUUUCUCGGGUGGGUCAAAAAUAGGCAUUUCAGAGAGGAGAUGGCAUUUGUUUAACACAUCCGGCGAAUGCCAGUUUUAAGAUCGAAGUAAUUAAUGUUUGAUCCCAUAGAAAUGCAUGGGCGUCGACCAGGAUCGAAUUAACUGAAAAAAUUAAAUGAAGCAGAGUCAGAUUAUUGGAAGUUUACUGUACACCCUUUUCUGUUCUCGAAGAAGUUGCCAUUUUAAUAUGUAGUUUUCUUCUAUCAGUGUGGCAAUGGUGCUAAAUUUAGCAUUUGUUUGAAUCAUCCAUUGUUCCAAGGACAAGCUACAAAGUAGGGGCACACUUUGAGACUUGAAACAUUUCCACAUAUAAAGGCAGGGCAUGUUAACAUCUGUACAAUUAACAUAAGUUGCCUGUAUUGUCUGCAUAGCAUGUGGUUGCUUUUUUUGGAAUGUGGUCUUUCUGUAAAACAAAGUUGCAUUUGUUUCAAAUAAAUUGCUGAACUAUU